AUCCCACGGUAACGUAUUAGUUGGCCACUAGCGUCUUGCUUAAUUUGAUAACGUACCUAAGAUACGGGCAUAUGCGGCUGGCGGCGAAGCUGGAACCUUGGCAUUUUUGUUACGAGAUUCACCCAUAAUUUUUUCUCAAUCGCGUCAGUCAGCCAGUCAAUUCAACAGGGGUUGCCACGCGGCAGAAGUCAUUGACCCUCCUUAUUACUUACAUUACAUACCCUUACGUUGGUCUUGGUCUUUUUAUGGAUGAAUCUGAUACUGUACAACCAAACCAAAACCGAACCACAUCAUAACUGCCGGUCAACGAUCUUGGGAAUUCUAUCUUUCAUACAUUCAUACGAUCCUUAUCUCCAUAUCGUUUCGAACUUUACAACUCACAUGUUCUGUCCGAAGCAAUGGUCUUGUGAAUUCCCCUUUUCCUCUGAGUAAUUGCGCGUUGCUCUCUGUCGCUCGUUAUAUCUUCCACCAGCCUGCACCGCAAACUCGAUAGUCAAAUAACAUGCCUCAUUCAACGAGCUCGGGUUCGUAUCCCCGAGAUUCCUCCGUUCCACGAUCCAAUGCCAAGUAUCCGGAUGACCACGAAAGCGACCCUGGGUCCGGCCUCGAGAAGUUCCCGGACCAUGUCGAUUCUCCCGCAAUGCGCGCCAAUGGUGCAAGGUCCAUCAGCCCUGGACUUAAUGCGUACGGCAUCGGGUUGAGUGGAGGGGCUCAUAUAAACGGAGAUCGCUGGCAACCAAGAAGAGACCUCUCUGCAUCGCGAGGCGUUCGUUGGGGUUCUCCGCUUGGGCCGUCGUCUGGUCUUUCUCGAGGUCAUGGACGACAGAAGAGCAUUAGUGAAGCCUUUAAUACUAUCAGGGCAAGGAAUGGCAGUGUCAGCCAGAAUGCCCAUGAAUUAGCAGAUGCGCUGCGGGCACCUAUCUCCCCAAAGCUCAUUAUUCUGUGUAUAAUGUGGUAUAUGUCCUCUGCCUUGACGAAUACGUCUUCGAAGUCUAUCCUAAACGCCUUCGAUAAACCUGCAACCUUGACUAUGAUCCAAUUCUUUCUAGUCGCCUUCUAUUGUAUAACUUCUUCGUGGUUAGCGACUGUGUUUCCGUCUUUGCGAAACUCGAUUCCCGCGUUGAAGAAUCCUAUACGACAGCCUUCAAGGGAUGUCAUUAUGACUACACUCCCUCUUGCUGCGUUUCAGAUAGGCGGUCAUCUCCUCAGUUCGACGGCAACCUCUAAGAUCCCCGUCUCUAUGGUCCAUACCGUAAAGGGGCUUUCGCCACUAUUCACUGUCUUCGCCUACCGAUUCAUCUUUGAUAUACGAUAUCCGAGAGCGACGUAUUUCUCGUUGAUACCUCUGACUCUUGGUGUCAUGCUCGCAUGCUCAUCGAAACACACAUUUAAAGGAGAAAUGUUAGGACUUCUCUAUGCGCUCCUGGCGACUAUCAUCUUUGUGACACAGAAUAUCUUUUCUAAGAGGCUGUUCAACGAAGCUGCUAAGGCGGAGGCAGAUGGUCAAUCGGCAAAAUCACGCAAACUUGAUAAACUAAAUCUCUUGUGUUAUUCUUCCGGACUUGCUUUCCUCCUUACAUCCCCGAUUUGGUUUUGGAGUGAAGGUGUCGGCCUCAUCAGGGAUGUGUACCAUGAUGGUUCAGUGGAUCUCUCAUCACACCCAAACAGCUUCGAUCACGGGCGUUUGGCUAUUGAGUUUCUAUUCAACGGUACUUUUCACUUCGGGCAGAAUAUCCUAGCAUUUAUUCUACUCUCCUUGGUAUCACCAGUCACUUACUCGGUCGCAUCGCUUAUCAAGCGUGUGUGGGUUAUCAUGGUCGCGAUCCUGUGGUUCCGCAACCCUACGACCCCACUUCAGGCCGUGGGCAUUGCGCUGACAUUCUUCGGGCUCUACUUGUACGACCGAACAAAUGACAGCAACAAGGCUGAUCGCCGUGCACGUCUCCUGAGUCAAAGUGCAGGACGAGAUCAACCACUAUUGCCACUCAACACUAGCCAAGCGGUACUUGGCUCCUCUGCUCAAAACCAACAGGUCUUCGAAAGUCCGAUACCAGCCUCCAAUGGUUCAACACCUCACCCAUAUACUAAUGGAUACACCUCUCAAGCCAAUUCCGGACCGGAAGACUUUAAGAAAAGCGAUGAUGCUGGUAAGGGCCGGCAGAGAGGGAGCAGUAAUGCAGCUUGGUUGCCACCCGGUACCAAGCAAGAGGAGACUUGGAGGUAUCAAGAUAGAAUUAGUGCUCGAUGAUUAUGGACUCUCCGGAGAGUCAACAGGGCCUUGCAGGCUCAUGAUACAUUGGAUGAUGCUCAUAGAGGGUGGCUUCUUUUUCUUUGCAAGGCAGGAUAAGGCAGUGUGCCCAAGCCAUUUAAGGCCGUUCCAAGGUUGCUGCCGCCAUGAUCUUGUAUAGGUGGAUAUCUUGGUGUUUACGGGCUAGGGCCAGCAAGGCAUAAAGUGGAUUGGAGUUAUAGUGUGGUUUGACCUAUUUGGUCAUUUGUACAAGUAUCCUGCAAAUCAAUAGGAUGCAUAUUCUGCAUUGGAGUCGGGUUUAGAUAUGCUUAAAAGGCAUAGGAUACCAUCACUUCAUUUUUCCAGUUUAAUUCUGGAUCGGACCGGACCGGACAUAUGGAGAUAGACCUUAGAAACGCGUACUUGAUAAUAUUAUGUUGUAU